UCAGCGUCACAGUCCAGCGUCCGAUAAGGAUGCGGGAUAAGGGGAAAAAGGAAGGAGCGAAAGAAAGACUCUGGAAGUCCGUCUAUCCAAGUUCUUGUAGCACACAGAGACAGUUGCUUUUUAGGGGAUGAAGUUGCGCUGGUGUCUGUUUCGCGGAUCUGCGACCCCAAAACCCUAAUCCUGGCCACGGAAGGUACGCUGAGCUGAGGACCCAGGGGCCAGGGCAUGUCGAAUUCUGUCACAGGUCGCGAGCUUCUGUGGGGUUUAGGUGGAAUUCGCAGGGUUUUGCGCUUGCAGGGUUCGCUCGCAGGGGCCCCGACCGGAAGGAAGGGCAGAUGUUCAUGAUUGGAUCGAGGAAAAUUGCGUGAGCAGGGGCGCAGUGCAGCGCAGCGAAGCGAAGGGCAGGGCUAUGGUAGGCGCUUAGCAUGGUGGACAGUAUGCGUUGCGAUCUCUGCGGUUGUUGUUUGAGGACCGGAUCAGAAUGCUGGUGCAUAUCGUGAGCUUGGGUUUAGGAGUUGGAGGAGUGGUGGGAUCACGGGACAUCAUGGCCGUUUCUCGAGCUUGGGCUCACAGUUUUGCCGGGCUCCGUAAGCUGCAUUCUCUCAGCUCUGUUUCCGUUUCUCGCACCGGCUCCCACAUCCCGACUUUUGAGCCCUUGGUGCAACAGAGCUUUAGACCUGCGAGAUUGUCGAGAUCCAUCGCCCAUGCUGCAGCGUUAGAAGAAUCCUCUGACUUGAACAAGAAGAAAGGAGAGAGGCUCUCGAGGGCAGAGAGAUAUGUCCUUGUCGAAAGUUUUGUAUUGAGGCACAAAGCUUCUCAUGAAGGAAAGUGGCCGAGCCUCACUGCUAUUCUGAAGGAGACGGGUGGGAGUCGUGUCAUUGUCAAAGACAUUCUGGAUGAGCUGACCUCCAAAUCGGGCAGUGGCGUAGCAGCAUCUUUAAGUACCCAGGAGAUCGACGAUUCUUCAGUAGAACUAGAAACAGCUCCGGAAGUCAGAGGCGUUCUCAAGUAUGAAACAGUCGGUUCAUUGGGUCGUACGGAAGUGGAAGCCGUUAGUACUAGUGACUUGAGCAGCGAUGAAGAGGAACUGGAAUCACCUGUUGGCUACCUUCCUGACGAUUCUUCUCCGAACAGUGACGCAAAAUCUAACCGCAGCUCGGGUGAAGUUGCAAGUGACGCGGGCCUCUGGAGAAAGUUGCGCAACCUCGGUAGCUCUCAACAAGAUGCUUCUCUGGAAGCCAAGGAGGAAAGCCCCCAACCGGCGGCCAGGUCACCAACUCCAGUGACCUUUGAUAGUUAUGAUACCGACUUGGAAGAAGAUGGGGACAUAGAUGAAUUGGCAGGUGAUGAUUUUGAAGAAUCAGAUGAUGCUCCAGGCCCCGUCGUUGUUCCACAUCACCAUCAUUCCAGACCUGCACCUUCUUCAACGCCUCCUGCAGUGGAGAGUCAUGGACUCUUCAUCAGAUUUUUACCUUUAUCUGCCACUGAGACAGAUCUUAGGGCUGCUUUCCAAGAUUGCGGAGAGAUCGUGAGAGCGCAGGCCAUGCAGCCUAAGGGUUCUGGUCUAAGAUUCACUUACGGGUUUGUAGACUUCUCGACACCGGAAGGGUUGAGCAAAGCGUUGAGGAAAGAGAAGGUUUUUAUCAAAGGUUCUACUGUCAUUACAGAACCUUGCUCCGGUCCUAGGAGAUCCGAAGGCAGGCCGACGAGUGUACGGAAUCCGGUGGUAGAUCCAUCAAGGAGAAUUUUCACUAACAGUAGACCUCUCAAUGGGGCUAGGACUCCUAUACUAACUCGUCUGAGGCGUACCGAUUCCCCAACUGGCAGUGAUGUUGCUGUGCGCACUCCAUCAGUGCCAGAAAGGAAUUCUCGUUUUGUCGCCGUAGAAGGUUUGCCAUAUCCAAUGCCUAUUAGUGCUAUCGAGAAGAUGAUGUCAGCUCACGGUGAGAUUGCCCGAUCAGAGCUCGGACGCGAAGAAGGUGGAACGUAUUCCGCUCAAGUGGAAUUUAAGACGGAGGAGGCUCGAGACAGCGCUUUAAAUUCAAACAGGGUAUACUUGGGAGGUCGCUGGUGUCGAAUAACCACCGGCGAGCCGAUUCUAACAACUGUAGUUAGACUUUCAAACAUUGGUGCUGAUGCGUCUGAAAACUUGAUUCUACAAAGGUGCCAAAAGUUCGGUCGGGUGGAGGAAAUCGUCGUGCGUAGGGAAGGCGUCAUGGAUGUUUACUACCAUCCAAGUGAGAGGAAGAACAUGAGGAGAAUUCUCGACAGAAUGGGUGAAGUAAAUGCCGAUUACAAAAGAUGGCACGCAACUCUGGCUCCCAAAUGCUCCCCGCAAGAAUAUCGCGAUUCUGCUGAAGUUCAAGAGUGGGCUGAAGUGCAAAAAGAUAGGCUUCUGGACAACCUUACAGCCGCCAUCCAGAACAUCACAUUAGACCUCGAAGAUCUGCGAGAGCUCGUAGAGGUAGAACGCCACGGUGUUUCCUCGAAUGGGGCGUCGAGAGCUACUGAGAAGCCGAUUCCGAAAUGGAACAGGACAUAGAAUGUUCAAUACAGGUCCGAUAUAUUCGGCAUUUAUAUCGUGGGGCAGGUUCAGCCGAUAGAGGUAGGGUCAAUUUUAUGAGAUAUCUGCGGCAUUAGGUAGAGUGUCCAUGUUUGUCAUGGAUUGUCUGAUGGCUGCCCCUAUUAGAUGUUAGGAGAGUCACUCGACUUGUUGGGAGAGGUUAUUUUAGAACACUGUCUUUUUAGCUCUCGUUGUCACUGAAGCUGAUAUCAAAUCCCCUAGUACUGUCGAAGACUAAUUACAAGGACAUUAGUAUUCAAGCUGGCAUUCAAAUGAAAUGACCAAUCAAUGCAGAGCAACUAGUGAUAGUGUUAUCGUCAUGGUCCUUAGAUUUGUGUUCCUGAAGAAGAGCACGCAUGAAAUAAGGGCCGGUGUCUUCACGUGGAACAACAAUGUUGGCAAAUUGUUUUCCUGGCUAUUCAGGAAACUUGUGUGAACUACGCAAACCAUUUCACAACUCCACAUGUGUAUUCUCCGCCAAGCCUGAAAUUGCC